GGCGCCUCCCCGCCGGAUGUUGAUCCUGAAGGAACAGUCAUGGCGGAGGCGGCGUGUGCGACCGUUUCCAGCCUCUGCCGAGGUCCCGAGUAUGAGCUGGCCGGUGUGAACUCGAAGCUUUUCCACGUCGGCUCUUUCGGCAGCCUGUGGCGGAAGCAGCUGGACGGGGCGUACCUGGGGUUGGAGGAAGAGGGCGAGGAGGAGGUGGUCGGGCAGCAGCUGGUCACGCAGUUGGGCCUCCCCUCAGACAUGGUGGAGGAGCUGCAGCUGGUGUGCGGUGUUGAUACAUUGAAAUGCACAGAACAGGACACCAGUACAGAUGUCAUCCCAGAAGAUACAGACCUUGUCACGUUAGAAAUACGAAGAAAAGUCAUUAAAAAGAGAAAGGAACGUUUGACAUAUGAUCGUGCCUGUAGGCAAGAAAUUUAUGAACAUGAAUAUGAAAUGCAAGCAGUAGGAAGAAAGCCCAGUAAUCCAGAAGAUUCCAUUGCAGCUGGAGAAGUGAUUCUCACUGUUAAUGUCUACUCUCCAAUUAUAUUUGUUAAGCACAGGGAGAACAAACCCCAUCACACCGUGCUUGUGUUGGGUAGUCAGAGACUAACUGAGCUAAGAGAUGCUAUCUCUUGUGUCAGUGACCUUCAGAUUGGUGGAGAAUUCAGCAAUACUCCAGACUUGGCUCCAGAACACAUUAGCAAGGACUUGUACAAGUCAGCCUUUUUCUUCUUUGAAGGAACCUUCUAUAAUGACUUGAGAUAUUCUGAAUGCAGAGAUUUGAGCAGGACCAUUAUUGAAUGGGCAGAAUCCCAUGACAGGGGUUGUGGGAAAUUUCGAACAGCUAAAAUGGAGGACUAUACGUUCAAUGAUAUGUGUAUUAAGGUUGGCUAUCCUUAUUUGUAUUGUCACCAGGGUGACUGCGAACAUCUCAUCAUCAUCACGGAUGUCAGAAUUGUCCAUCAUGAUGAUUGCCUAGAUAAAACUCUGUACCCGUGUGUGAUCAAAAAACACUGGAUGUGGACACGGAAAUGUUCUGUUUGCAAAUUAUUCAUUGUUCGGUGGGUGACCAACAAUGAUAGUUUUGCCCCUGAGGACCCUGCCUUCUUCUGUGACACAUGUUUCAGGAUGCUUCACUAUGAUGCUGAUGGCAAUAAACUGGGAGAAUUUCUUGCAUAUCCCUAUGUUGAUCCAGGAAUAUUUAAUUAAAUGCUGUAUCAAAUUAGCCAAGUCUGGUUGGCUACUAAUUUUUUGUUGAGGUUUAAUUGAAAUUGGUGGGAAAAUUUUGGACUGGAUUCACUCCAUUGUGUGUGGCACCAACAUUUUCAUAAGGAUUACAUUCUUAGAUAUUCCAAACAAUAAUUUUAUGCAAUCACCAAGUUCCAAACUGUCCAAGCUGCUUUAGAACCUGUUUAAUUAAAUUUCAAGGCAUCUUGUCUAAAGCAGUAGGCUGAAUAAAUUUAUGAAGUUGACCAAACAGAGAUGGUGGCUUAUGUAACAAUGCUGGAGUUAUGCCUUUUUGGUGGUUUCAUGUCAAUUAUACUCAGCUUCCCAGACCUCCAUCUUGAGCACUCACAUUCAUAAUCACUCAUUCUUCCAAAGGAUUUUGUUCUAUACUGAAGGUUGCCUGUUGUUGAAAUUAAUGGGUUGUUCUUUACUUCCAAAAUUUGGAUUCAAGGCUAACCCAGAUUGGUGUGAAUGUAAGUCUCUGCUUGCUGACUGUAAAGGGGCUUAUUUGAGAUGAAUCUUGGGGAGUCUUUAUUCAGUUUCUGGCAAAUGGUGUCUGUUAAUGUAAAACUUCUAAAUUUGGCAUCACUUGCUAAACUUAGAGAUUAAAAGAUAACUAUUUUACUGAUGAUGUUGGAUAUCUCUUUGAAGGUUGUGCACUGUGCUGAUGCAAGGAAUUCCAUCUGUAACUUCAAACCUCAAAUUUUAAGAUGUUUUGAAACAUGUUAGUUUAAAUGUCUCUCGCGCUCACCAGGAAUUGUGAUCCUUUAUUGAUAAAGUAAUCCAAUAAAUGUAAUUUAGAAUUUUGUUAAUCACUGAAAUAAAAGAACAUUGUACUUAGCUAAAUCCUCUGCUAUUUCCACAUGCCCCAAUGGACAGACUGCAUUAUCCUAAGAAAUAAUAUUUGUUAAUGAAUGAUUACUUGUCAUGUUUAUUGUAUUUAGUGUUUUCUUCACGUUAAUGAAGGUGGUUAUUGUGCUUUUGGGGCCAAAAUAUUGAGCUUAGCUAUAUUUUGCUCCUUUUGCAAAGGAGUUCUUUUUGGAUUAGUGGUUGGAGGUAAGCUUAUCAUAUUGUAUUUGAAUAAAGUGGUGAUCUUUUUCCCACCAGGUCCCCAGUUUUAACUUGAAAAAUUCUCAACCUUUGACUGAGAACUAAGCUGUGGUAGAGGACACGGGAGACCUGAGAACAAGAGGGGUGGGGGAAUCCUUUGUAAAUGGGGGCUUCUCUGUUUGUGAGCGAUACAGUUGUUCUGACUCAAGUUAGAUCUUUGUGGUGGUUGUACCCACAUUGGAGCUUGUAACCCAACUUUAGGGGUCCCCACUCUCACCUUUGGAAGCCCUGUUAUAGGGGCUAGAUAUCAAGGUGCCUGGAGAGAGAUGAUUUUGCACAACUGGACUGAUUAGUCCCAAUGAUAUGUUUACAACUUGUUUUUGUGUUGCUUUGCAAUUUUUUAUUUCAUGUACUCUGACUUGUAUAAAUUGUGAAUCCAGUGACUUUAUUUGUAAAGAUAACUGGAAAUAAAGUGAAUUUUGAAAUUGUU